AUGAACACGCAUGACAUCUACGAGGCUUUCCAUCAGUAUGGCAAUCUGAUUUCGGUUGAUAUUUGGGAGGAUGCCGCGGGGCGUCCUGAUUCGAGGGCACGCAUUCGUUUCAAACCACCUCCAAAUGAAGACUUCUGGAGAACCGGCUCUUUCGGCAUGAGACUCCGGAGUGGCCGUGUUGCAGUGAUAUCGCUCAGUAUCUGCUGUGGUGACUCAAACGGGACAAUUCCGAGCCCAGUCCGUCCAGAUGUUCAGGUGCCUGGUGAAAUGGAAUUGAAAACUAUACAAGUCGAUAUCGGUAUCCUCCUAGGUCGGUCCACUGUCCAUUCUAUGCAAAGCUUCAACAACCUGGCAUAUCCCAGAUGUGUGAUCGAUGUCAUGCGCAAGUGCUUGGUACUGUACUUUAAAGUGGGAAUUCGGGGGUCAGAGACUGCAGAUGUGACCCAACAUGACUAUCGUGUCAAAAUCACCUUUCUCCAACUGUCCCAGAUUUAUCAGCAAUACGAUAAAGCCACAAGACAGGACUCCUUCUUGAUUGUUCUAGACUCCGCUGCCAUUUGGCAUCGAAAGGCCAAGGACAUUCGAUCCACAUUGACCGAGCCGUUGAGCUGGAGAGAAGAGGAUAGCUGGUAUCGCCAGACCUCCGUGACACAUAACCCAAACUCACUAAAGACACUCCCCACAAGCUUGAAGAAAUUGGGGCAUAUCAUUGACUUGGGCCGAUGGAACGUGUUCAAGAUCUCAUUCGUCCCCGACGCGGACCCCAAUGUGAGCCGUGUCGGCGAUACCAGUCGCCAUUUGAUGCGUGUCGAGGAUAUUUUCAGGGACUAUAACAUCACCAUUCAAAAUGGGAAUCACUUUGUCGAGAAAUUAGACCGACCGGUGCCAGUGUGGAAUUGGAUUGACUUUUCUGAGUCCAAGUCCAACAAGGCUUCUGCAUUGUUGCAAGACUUGGGUGAUCAGAACUAUCUGCACCUCCCAUUCAGAGUCAGGUAUCAGUUGGAGGUUUGUUUGUCCCAGGGAUAUCUCUCUGAAUUCACCAUGCCCCGCGAAUUUGUAGAGAGAAUAAAGGACCUCGGGGAUGACCAAGCUACAAGACUGCUAGAAUUUGUUGCAACUGAGAAGAAACAAUAUCUUGAUCCUAUGAAAAUAUUUAAUCUCAAUUUUUUCAAGGGAGUGACUGACUCGAAGAUUCCGAGCUACUGUUGCUUCAUGCACACAGCACGAGUCACCCCGACUACGAUUUACUACAACACCCCAACUGUAGACAUCUCAAAUCGAGUCGUGCGCGAAUGGUCGAACAAAGGUGUACCCGGGCGCUUUCUUCGAGUUCGAUUUACAGAUGAGAGAACUGAAGGUCGCAUCAACUCGUCACUAGGCGAUUCCAACAACGAGAUCUACACCCGUGUUAAAAGAACAUUGGCCAACGGUAUCACCAUUGGAGACCGUCGGUACGAGUUCCUUGCAUUCGGGAACUCCCAGUUCCGCGAGCAUGGCGCAUACUUCUUUGCACCGGAUGCCGGUGUCUCAGCGGCAACCAUCCGGGCCUGGAUGGGCCAAUUCAACCACAUCCGAAAUGUGGCCAAAUAUGCUGCAAGACUGGGACAAUGCUUUUCGACAACCCGAGCUUUCACUGGAUCCUCUGUUCAAACUGCUCCGUGUGAUGACAUUAUUCGUAACGGCUUCACGUUCUCAGAUGGCGUGGGAAAGAUUUCCAAAUUCCUUGCCCAAAUGGUCACAUCCCAGCACAAAAUUAAAACUCUCACUGGAGAUCCACCUUCGGCCUUCCAGUUUCGUCUUGGAGGAGCCAAGGGCAUGCUGGUUGUCUCUCCAGACCCUCUGCCUCAGGAGGUACACCUUCGGCCAAGCCAACAAAAGUUCGAAACCAAUCAAGCCGGCUUGGAGAUCAUUCGUUGGUCCCAGUUUUCUCUUGCAACUUUAAACCGCCAGUUGAUUCUUGUGCUUUCUGCUCUGGAUAUCCCGGAUGAAGUCUUCCACAAGAAACUCAACAGCAUGCUGGGUGGCUUCCAUCGAGCCAUGAGCAAUGAUUCGAAAGCUGUUCAGCUUCUUCAGAAGUACAUCGACCCGAACCAAACGACCCUAAAAUUGGCUCAGAUGGUAUCCGAUGGCUUCCGACGACAUGACGAGCCAUUUGCUAAUACUAUGCUCGAGCUUUGGAAAUCCUGGCAUCUGAAGCAUCUCAAAGAGAAAGCAAAGAUCGUCAUAGACCAAGGGGCCAACCUUCUCGGUGCCAUGGACGAGACAGGUGUUUUGAAAGGGUACUAUAAAAAUGCGUUGCCGCGCAGAAGAGUCUCCUAUGCAGACAAACUGGCCGCUCUUCCUGAAAUAUUUGUCCAGAUUUGCCGGCUAGAUGGAGAUGGUGAGUACGAAGUCAUUGAAGGCCUCUGCAUUCUCGCUCGCAACCCUUCGCUUCAUCCUGGAGAUAUUCGUGUGGUUCGAGCAGUGAACAAACCGGAGCUGCAAGCCCUUCGGGACGUGGUUGUGCUUCCCCAAACUGGCGACCAGGACAUCGCGAGCAUGUGCUCUGGGGGUGACCUUGACGGCGAUGACUACCUCGUUAUCUGGGACCCCGAUCUGAUUCCAGCAAAAUGGUUCGUCGAAUGCAUGGACUACAAGGGUUCCAAAGCCCCAGACUUUGAUCACGAUGUGACAGUUGACGAAAUCACUUCAUUCUUUGUUACCUAUAUGAAGAAUGACUGUCUGCCCCGAAUUGCACAUGCCCAUUUGGCUUGGGCUGACAGACUCCCGAAAGGCGUGUGGGAAGAAAAGUGCAUUCGUCUCGCUCAGCUUCAUUCUGAUGCAGUUGACUAUAACAAGAGCGGUGCGCAUGCGAGAAUGGCCCGAUCUCUAGAUCCCAAAUUCUGGCCCCAUUUCAUGGAGAAGAGGUUUAAGAGACCAUCCAGCAUUUAUAGGUCCACCAAAAUCCUCGGUCAACUGUACGACGCAGUGGUCACCCCUGACUUCGUUCCCAAGCUGGAGAAGCCCUUCGACUCUCGCAUCCUGGAAUCCCCGCUAGCUCCAGCAAGUGAAACCUACAUGGAAUACGCCCGUGAGCUCAAGGCAGAAUUCGACAUGAACAUGCGACAAAUUAUGGCUCAGUAUGAGAUUAACACUGAGUUUGAGGUGUGGUCAACAUUUGUACUCCGCCACGGUUUUGUGAUUAGAGACUACAAGAUGCAGGAAGACCUAGGCAGAAUCGUGGGUACACUCCGUCGUGGGUUUCGCCAACAAUGUUACGACAAAGUCGGCCGUUAUGGUGGAAACAUCCCUGCCUUGGUCAUUGCCAUGUAUCGUGUUACCCAGGAGCAGGUAGCCGCGGCAUUGGAGGCUCGAUGCAAGGAGGCACUGCAGAGAAAAGAUAUUAAAGUUGUUGAAGUGAACUCAACUGAGCUUCCGCUUAUUAGCUUCCCUUGGAUUUUCCCCGACGUCCUCGGUGAUGUUGCGACCGGCCGGGCGCGACAAGGUCCGAUCUCAGAGGGAGCGGUCGGCGGCGAUUCUGGAAAGCCUAUCGAUAACGGCGUGGUCUACACUCACCGGCAGAUCCUCAAGAUUGUUGAAGGCAUGGAUGAGGAGGUGAAGCCGAAGGAGGUGCAUGAGAACAUGAAGCCCAAGGCUGAGGUGGGCUCUGCCUCUGUGCCCCCGGAUCAGGAAUUCAUUGCUUGUCGACGCAUUGAUAUGGCCAAACCCAAGCCCCAAGACAAGGAUGUGGGUGUGUGUUUCGAUGAGGAUGAUGAGAACGAGGGAGGCGUGGAACUAGGCACUACGGAAGCCGAGGAGAAAACUGAAAAGGAAGAGGCUGAAACAGAUGAUAUUGUGGAAAUGGAGGGCGAUGUGCAGCCUUCAGCGCUUGAUGCUCUAAUCAACAUGAUUAACAGCUGA